AUGGCUUCCAUAUUCGAACCCAGAAGUGGUGCAUCUUCCUCUCCACCUCCUCAAAAGGCUUCAAAGCAGGCCUGUGACAACUGUCGACGACGCAAGAUCAAAUGCAAUCGUGCUCAGCCAUGUGAUAAGUGCCAACGGCUGUUGUUGUCCUGCUCAUACUACGAUGUCUUGCAGAGAAAGGGGCCCAAGUUCCGUACAUUGUAUCCCCUUGCACCUCUGCAGACAUUAGUAUCGCAAUAUCCGACUCCUCCUCAAAGUAUUACUGAUCAAGCAAGUCAAUCUGAGUUGAUGGUCCCACUGGAAGGCUGGUCCGCUCCAGUACCAUGGAAUAUCAAUAUAAAGCAGACAUAUGAAAGUUAUUCCUCACCGGAAUCUGUCGACUCACAAUAUGAGCUGCCGAAUACUAGUAGUGGCUAUCACCAAACUGCCAUGCUAUCACAACCACCAUCUCAAUCCCCAUUAAUGUCAAAUCAACCACAACCACAACCACAGCCACAACCACAACCCCAAGCACAACCCCAACAACAGCCUCAACCACAGCCCCAACCCCAGUCACGGACACAAUCCGGACGUCUGUCUGCUAUGGUAAUAUUGGCACAUAUAAAUGUCUACUUGAAGUACCUGUAUCCGAUCAUACCGGUAGUCAAUCCCGAGCAGAUCCUCAACGACAGUCAACAUCCCGAACAACUUACCAUACAGCGAUAUGCAUUCCUAACCGCCCUCUGUGCUGCAACUCAUGUCCAGCUUCAAUUAGACGCCAUGAUUGACCCAUCAUCUUCAUCUUCAUAUUAUGAUUCUUCACUAGCUCUAUCUGGAAUAGAGAUUUUGACUGAAGCAAUCAGUGCAAGAAACGAAUGCGUCAACAUCUGCGAGCAAGUUACGAUCGAAUCACUACUUACCUCCUUUUUUCUAUUUGCCGCCUACGGCAAUCUAGACCGUCAAGAUCAGGCUUGGUUUUAUCUUAGUCAAGCUACGUCUUUGGCCCUGACGCUUGGAUUGCAUCGAGAAGCUACUUAUUCUACGUUUGGGGAAGAGGAGGCCGAGGAGCGAAGGAGGGUAUUUUGGUUAUUGUUUGUCACUGAAAGAGCAUACGCCCUUCAACAGGCGAGGCCAAUCAUGCUUCGAAACUCCAUUCGAAAGCCCGCCAUUCUAUCGACAGAAGAUCAUAUAGUGCAAUACGGGUUCUAUAACCUCGUCAGCAUAUUUGAGAAGCUCACACCAGAGCUAUAUGACUGGAUAGCCAUUGAAUGCGAUGAUACCUUUAUAGCAAGCAUGACUGCAGGCCGAACCAACCUACGAGAUAUGACUCGUCGCCAUCACUUCAGUAAGCCGAUUCCUGUUGCCAGUGUUGCCGAGAUCCAAAGCCUAGAUAUUGCUGGUACACAACAAUGGCUUCAAUUUUUGGCAUGGAAGCUCUCAAUGAGCGACCUAUCUCAGUUCAGGAGCGCAGAUGCCUUGCUACCAUUUCAUUUCCCGGUGUUGGUUGCAAAGGUAGUUAUGGAUGUAUUCCAGGGUUCGACGGCGAUACAAUCAAUCAAUGGCCAAGACCGAAGGGUGUCCAUGAUGCACACAGAUCCCGCAAUGCAAAACUAUCCCGGUUGCGAUAUCAAUAACGAGGAGUUCCUUCUUGAUAUCAUCAAUAUCCUCUCUCGUAUCCGUCCAAACAAUAAUCACCAAGCUCAUCCUCAGGAUUCCUUUUUUCCGCCAACCUCACCUGGUUCUACAUCGCCUUCUAAUCAGUUCUUCCCAUGA